AAUACUUGUAUAGUGCGUUAUCAUGCGGGAAAAGCAAGUAAAAAUUGCCAACCAUAUAAAACUCUAGCUCCUUCAUUUCCUACAGGGCUGCUACCAUAGUUCAACUAUCAAACCCACCACUAAGUCACCCAUUUCGACAGCCAGUCAGUCACUCAGUCAACAUUUUAUUAUAACAGAUAGUGCGCUUUGUUCAAAAAUAUUAUAUAUGUAUGUGAGUACCAUGUUCACAAAUAUGUUUUCAGCUCGCACACACACGUAACAAACAACCCAACAACUGCAUUUGCUGCACACCACAUAUUUGUCAGCUGUGUAAUUCGCUGCACACAACAUUCAUUCCAUUGCAUUGCCUUAAGAAUGUGUUAAAUUGUGAGGCAGUGACGACAAGCAAGCCAAGAAAAUAAUAGAAAACGAAACUUAAAAGAAUAAUAAUAAAUUACACAAACAAUAAAUAAACGAGUAAAUGAACGUACAAAGCAGUGCAGCAAAGCAAGUCAGCAAAAUAAUUGCAAAACUGGCACGAAAUAAAAGAGAUAUACCUAUGUAUUGCUGUAAAUGUAUAUAUAUAUUGCCAGCAGUACAUACAUAUAUACUUUACAUAUAGUAUAUAUAGUAAAUACAUGCAAAUAAAAAGUAAAAUUUUCGCAAUUUUUCCUUUCGCAAGCAGAAAAACCCACAAAACACAAGUAAUUUGUGCCAUUUCAUGCAGUGCAACAAAUUGCCGCAACAUAUUCGCUACAUGUUUAUAAACAAAUGUUGCAAAAGCGAAAAACAAACAGUGAAAUAGUGAAAAUACACCGAACUCAUACGCAAACGAAAAUGAAAAUAAAUGUAUUAAAACACAUACUCAUCAAAUACUGAGCAGAAAAAGUAACAACAACAAUAACAAAUACAAAAGCGCUUAAUAAAACAUUGCAAAUUUUGUAAGUGAAAAUUAUUUUAAAAUUCUACGACUGCAACAGCAUUAAUCGUUUGUGGAACUAUACUUCAAUGUCACCGCAGCAGCCUGCAAGCCAGCAGCAAUAACAAGAAAAAGCAGCACAACAACAAUAAAAACAACGCAGUAGCGUAUUAUAGCAACACGCGUUAUUUAUAAUGCUGAAAAAAAAAGAUAAAUAAAGAAUAAACGAGGACAACUGUGUAUGGAGAAACAUACUAGAAAACAACUAACACUACGUUAAAGUACUAAUAGUAGUUAGCGGUAAAACAACAGCAAUAGCAAUCCAAAUAAAUAGAUAAAUAUAUUGACUGCUUCGAUUCCAAAACUUGCCAAUGACAAUACGUGUUUACAGUUAAAAUAAGCGCAAUUAGCGAUAUCAUAAACACACAUGCGCACCGAAAGCAUUUCGAGCAGGCGACACAGUUGUGCAUCCGCAUACGCCACUGCAACUGCCACAGCCACAGCAACGGCCACGGCAACAGCAUCCGUUGUGGCGGCUGCAGCAAGCGCCACCAAAAUGGCAAGCAUGCCGGUCGUGUGGUGCACCGAUCCAAAUUCAGUGAAUAAACAACCCACAGCUUUCGCGCUCCACGGCAUACAAUUGCAGGGAAACGUGACCGAGAAACAGGUGCUAGCGCUGCGCGAACUGGUGAAUGCCGCCGCCGAAGGUAGACUCAUAUUGCCCGCGGACGGCUCAUUCGUGCUGUUAGACAGUGGCAUUAGCAUCGAAAGUUCGAUUGUAAAUAGUAAUGGUGGUAGUAUUGGUGAAGGCGCCGUCGUCGAUACGGAUGGCAAUAAAGAGAACACAGCGCAGAAUGUCACACCAAAUGUGACGCAUGGCUGUGGCGCCGAGGAGAAACAAGUUAAAAAUACUUAUAUACUAAUGCCUGUGACAACAAACAAGCCGCGCGCAAUCACUGACUUGCCAGUCAAUGUAGACCACACUACGAUCGACAAAGAGGAGGAGGAGCGAGAACGCGAAUUAGACGAAGCGUUGCUCGAAGUGUCGCCACAGCAGUUUGCGGACGAUGAGGAGGAGUUCGAACCGAAAUACUCUACAUUCACUCCGCCCAACUCCACUGCCGAAGAUGAAAUUCUCUACGAAUUUCUCUGCUGCGCGAAAUGCAUGAAUGAAGUAUACGCCGCCAGAUGUCAAGCAAAUGCUGCGACGCGCAUGCGCAAUAGCAACUGUCAGUAUGCCUCAGCAGUCUAUCCGCUCAAAAGCAAUCAAAGCCGACGUGCUUUAGCCGCAGAACGUUUACAGCGUUUACUCAGGACUUCCGGUCGUCGUAGCGCCUUCGUGGACUGGGGCGGCAUACCAAAAACGGCACGAGCCAAUGAAUCGCCCACGCCAUUAGACGAUCCUGUCUACAGUAUUGCCAAUAAGUACACGCGCCGUUACCAUCGCAAGCAUUGCCUCAACUUUGCCUCUGCAUUGGCGGCACGUAAUCGGCAAAAUCGUCACAAAUUACCAAUGCAAAGCGUAAAAAUCUUUCAUAAUCGUAGCAUUGCAAUCACAAAUGGCGGUAGCUGUGCUGGCAGUGGGACCAGCAGUAGUGUAAGCAAUAGUCGUAGCAAUAAAAUCGGCUGCAUUCCGCUGCCGACAUUAUCAUUACUGCCCGCGUACGCUUCGGUGAAUAAAAAGCAAGUCGUUAAAGACGCGACGACACAGUCGUCAAGUAGUUGUGCCUUGCGAGCGGCGGAACGAUUUGGAGAAAUGCAAGUGUCGAUGGAGAGUAAUAGCGGCAGUGAGAAAACGCUGGGGAAUGACCCGGAGUCUGAAUGGUGCGGAGCGCUAAGUUUGCUCACUACAGAGCGCGUGGCUUGCGCCGAGCCAAACAACUGUGAUACACCAAUGGACGCGACAGUAGCCGCUUCCGAAGUAGUUAAGGAUCUAAUUAGUUUCGAUGAUGAUGACGACAAUGGUAGCGAUAAACUAACGGCGAGCCGCAGGGCUUGCACUAUAGCGCAAAACUUCGCUUGUGAUACGAAGACCUUCGAUUUAUUGUGCGCUCCGAAUCAACCGUUGGCCGUCAUAGCGGACGAGCACGAACACGCUGACAGUAACGUCAGUGCCGGCACAAACAAUUGCAACCUUCCAUUGUCAGCAGAUGCGCUUUGCAUGCAAAUUAGCGAAUCAGCCGAAUUCGAGGCCUCGCCAGCGAUACAAAAUUUCAGCGACGAUAGCGUAGCCGCUGCGAAUGCUGUUGCAGUUGGCGCGCAACCGUCGAGCAAUAAUUCCAGUCGCAAAACAAGUUUCGACUCAACCUGCACCAUUAGUUCAAUGGAUUCUGGCUUUAUUGAAAUGCAGAAUAAGUUGGAGAGCUCGUUGCAGAGCGCCGCUGGUGCACUACUCUAUGCCGCUUCUGCCGCGAACGCUGCAAAUGCCCGGCCUUCGCUGGCGCAAAUUUUUGACGGCGUUUGCAGUGUGACGGAUCUGGAAAAUUCCACAGUGCAAACUAAUGGCAAUAAUGUGCGUGUUGGCUACAAUACGGCGGAACCGUGCGAUGCUCCCGAGAAGAUAGCGCGCCUCAACUACAAGGAAUGUUUGACGCAAUCGCGCAAUCGACGCAAGUCCUAUGAAGAAUUCAAAGCAAUGUUUGCCGCAGCAACGCAUUUGGAUGGCGCGCAUGGUGCGGUAUCGGAAGCAUGUGCGCGGCGUAAGGCGCUGCUGGCACGUACUGGCAAUUGUUUGGAAAAGGAAAUUCAAUACGCUGCGUCAAUGACAAUGCAAACAGCAUUACCGCAUGUAACAACAACAACUACUAUGUCCGAGGUUUCACAGACGACGCUGACUGGGGCGACAAUGUCGAACGCAUUAGAAUCUAUAUCAGAACAGUCUGCGACCACAGGCGAAGAGAGUCACGGUAACGCGGCUGUUAAUGCCCUGCAAAGCGCCGCGUCUACACUUGCCAAUCAUGAAAUCGGUGCUGCGUCCGACCAGUUAGACACAUUUGUAGUGAACAGCAACACGAAACCGGAUUGUGUAAACAAGUUUGUGGUGCGCACAGCUGAAAUGGAUACUGCUGACGUGUCCGCCCCACUGAAAACACCACCAACCACAGCGACGACGACGACGACGCAAACGACAAUACCGCAACGGUCAACCACAGAAAUUUUGCGUAAGAACUCGGAUUUUCUAUCACAAAUACUCGAUCAAAAGGUGCUUGCGGCCAAAGAGAAAGAAAAAGCGCACAUACGCCGAAAAUCGUACGAGGAGUUCAAACGUUUGGUGCGCGAAUGUGAAACAAUGGACACCUUGGAAAGAGGUAGUGAAGCGGCCGAGGCCGGCGGGCCGACAGCCUCAACGAUCACACCAUUCAAACGCCAAAAUUCGCGACAUCGUAAAAGUUACGCAUCAUUUUUGUUGAUGCGUCGCAACUCACUAAAAGAGCAGCAAAAAGCGGCAGCUUCGGCAGGCUCCAUAGUGACUACGCCCGCGGUGUGCGACGCUGGGUCCACCGCAAGUGUGAGUGAGGUGCAGCAACCAAGCAACGUCGGUGCUAUUGUACCCUCGGCGUCAGCGUCCAUCAGCAAAGGUGUCUGCGGUGGUAAUAACUAUAAGCGCAACUUCAAAAUCUACGAUAAGCUUGUUUAUGGCACCAUUUAUGACAUCAUUCAACGCAAGAAUGACAUUUACAAUCUAACAUACCAUAAGUAUGACAAAUAUAUGACAUAUGGCACCAUUUACGAGAUUCUGCACCGUAAAACAUCGCAAGCCUCUUCGACCGCUUCGUCCGUCACAAGUGCGGGCGACUUCUUUCAACGCAAAAGUCUUUCGGCUAUUUUGGAAAAGGAUGUCGCCGCGCGGCAUGACCGUCGCGAUAACUCAACGAAGACGGAAAAAGAUAACAACAGCGAAGGAAAGGAUAAACACAAACCAUUAAAGCCCACAAUGAUUUACGAUAUUAUACAAAAGCAACAACAGGCGCAGAGCAACGCGUUGCAGGCAACGUGUAUGGAUGACCGCAGCGCGUCAAAUUCGGUCACCACAGCCACAAAUUCUACUGCGCGUUUGGGCAACAAUCGCAAAUAUGGUACGAUUUACGACAUCUUGCAAAUGGAGAAAUCGGAUGCAUGCAGUGCGCUGACGUCCGCAACCUCAGGCGCGACGCAUCAAGAAUCAAAGAAUCGUUUUAUCGUCAGCAAAAUCGAUGAAACCGCUGUCAUGCCGACAACUGCACAGCACGGCUUAGAAAUACACACAUCCAAUGUGGACAAUACAGGUACAGUCGCCGAUAAGCUGCGGCAUGGCGACGAUGCCGCCCAUUGUGAUGCGCAGAAGUCUGUCAAAACAACGAAGCCAAACAAAAUGAGAAGACUGUCUAAUAUAUUGUCCUAUAGUAAGCUACAUUCCAAGUCGGAGAAGUCGUCGAGCAGCGAACGUAUCGAUGAGCAGCCCGAACCUGCGGACUGCGCCGAAGACACAUCAAAAUCAAAGCACCAUGUCCAGCACAAGCGACGCGUUGGCAUGCCGCAACUAUUGCCGUUGGACAGCGAGGAAUUAUAUGCGCGCAUUGUGGCACAAAACCGCGCCAACUCAAUUGCCGGCUUGCAGAAAAAUUCUGGUGGUCCUAUUAUGAAAUCCAGCUCGCUGGAUGCCAUUUCCACCACUGCUGCAGCUGCGGCUAUACUGAUUUCCCCACCUGCCACACCUUCGCCACCGUCGCCGCGUCGCAAUCUGAAGCAGCAUAAUUGCCUGCAGCGGUCCGGCGCUCAUGCGGCUCAAAGGUUUCUGGUCAAAAAACUAUCGCUGGAAAGCUUCGAACCGAGUCGGGUGCGUCAAGAACGCUCACCACUGCGCCGUUGGUCCAAUCAAAUGCCCAUUAAAUGCAAUUGUAUGCUGGUCAGCGAUUCGCGCGAUGGUUCACCCAUUUCUUUUUCGAGCAGCAAUGAAGAUUUGUGCACAUGCGCCACAACUACGGUCAAUGAAACGACAGUGCAAUGGCAACGGCAUAACUUUAGUCGUGAACACCAUAAACACGAAUCACCACAGCAUACACAUACGUGCCCGAAUUUCUUGACAUUCACACUGAACUCAAACGCAACAACGACAACGGAUAAAGAAAACGGCGCUUUUUUGCCAUGGUCUCCGUCUUCGCUGUGUGUCGGUAAUGCCGACUGUGCUUGCGCUUCGCUGGAGGAUUUCAAAAAUUUCCGUCUGAAUGCGUCAUCAAGCGCUACAACAAAUGCCGCGAACAAUGGUCACCCAGUUGCGGCGUCGACGGCGAAGGGCAGUAGCUCAGCACUGGCUCUCACCAAGAAAGCCAAGUCGCGCCGCCUGUCGGAGUUUACGCGUGGCGAAUUCUUAAACGAAAAACCUUGGUACUUCCGCAAGAUAAAACGAAUUGAGGCUGAAAAGAAACUAUUACUGCCAGAAAACGAACAUGGAGCAUAUUUGAUACGCGACUCGGAGAGUCGUCACAAUGACUAUUCACUGUCGGUACGUGAUGGCGACACAGUGAAGCAUUACCGUAUACGACAAUUAGACGAGGGUGGCUUUUUCAUCGCGCGUCGCACAACUUUCCGAACCCUGCAGGAACUUGUGGAGCAUUAUUCGAAGGAUUCCGAUGGUUUGUGUGUCAACCUCUGCAAACCAUGUGUACAGAUUGAGAAACCCGUUACUGAGGGUCUGUCGCAUCGAACACGCGAUCAAUGGGAGAUCGACAGAACUUCGCUUAAAUUCCAACGCAAAUUGGGCUCCGGCCAGUUCGGCGAAGUAUGGGAGGGCUUGUGGAACAAUACCACACCGGUGGCGAUUAAAACGCUGAAAUCAGGCACAAUGGAUCCAAAAGACUUUUUGGCCGAAGCUCAAAUAAUGAAGAAGCUGCGUCACACAAAACUCAUACAGCUCUAUGCUGUUUGCACCGUGGAGGAGCCGAUUUACAUCAUCACCGAAUUGAUGAAGCACGGCUCAUUGUUAGAGUACCUGCAAGUACUUGCAGGCAAGGGACGCAGUCUAAAGAUGGCGAUACUUAUUGAUAUGGCAGCGCAAAUUGCCGCCGGUAUGGCUUAUUUGGAACAACAGAAUUACAUUCACAGAGACUUGGCAGCGCGUAAUGUGCUGGUGGGCGACAAUAAUGUUGUCAAGAUUGCCGAUUUCGGUUUGGCGAGACUUAUCAAAGAGGAUGAGUACGAGGCACGUGUUGGGGCACGUUUCCCCAUUAAGUGGACGGCACCCGAGGCGGCCAACUACAGCAAGUUCUCCAUUAAGUCUGAUGUAUGGAGUUUCGGCAUUUUGCUCACCGAGUUAGUGACAUACGGACGCAUACCAUACCCGGGUAUGACCAAUGCCGAGGUGUUAACGCAAGUCGAACACGGUUACCGUAUGCCGUCGCCGCCCAACUGUGAACCACGUCUAUACGAAAUAAUGCUCGAGUGCUGGCACAAAGAUCCCAUGCGGCGACCGACCUUCGAGACACUGCAAUGGAAAUUGGAAGACUUCUACACAUCCGAUCAGAGUGAUUAUAAGGAGGCGCAGGCCUACUGAUAAAUGCUUUACACUUCCAGCAGCACGUCUCACAUUAGCGAUAAUAUAAAGAAACCACAUAUACAACAUAGCAAUUGCCAACGCCACAGGAACAACAACAUCCACAAUAAUAUACACAACAAUUUGAGUAAGAUGAGUCGCAGUAGUAGUAGUAUGUUGCCGAUUGGUGCAACAGUAGCCACAACAACAGCCGCACUAAAUGAAACUGCCAAAAUGACAACAAAAACAACAACGUCGGUAAUUAAAAGAACUGAGGCCGAUGGUGCUAAGUCGAUGCAAAUAGCAGCAACUGCAACAACAACAACAAUCAAGCCAAUACCAAAGUUGCGCCACAUGACGAGCAAGAGCAACAAUCAUCGGCAUGUUAGCAAAACAAAGCAAAACAAUUCAAAGCAUCUUCCCAAAUCGGACAAUUAAGACUAAUAACGGUUUUUUUCACACAAGACAUUUAUUCUAUUCAUUUACUAAUAAUGAUUAGUUGAAAAACAAAAUGAAACGGAUUAAUUAAAAGAAAUUAAAUUUACAAUUUAAAUUAAUGCAAGAAAACGGCGAGUCUCGUGAAAAUUGUGUUUGUGAAAAUGAAAUUUGCAUGAUUUUGAAAAUAGCGGGAGAGUUUUCUAAUGUACAUUGCAUACGAUAUCAAUGUAAUGUAGUCUAAACUAGUUUUUAUAUAAAUGUAUUUAGCCAAAAUUUUUUGUUUUUUGAUUUUUUCGUAUCACCUUAUUAAAAUUUGUCACGUUUUCUUUAUUAAUUUAAAAAAAAUAUUUUUUAAAAAAACCACAAAUAAUAAUGAAAAUAUUUAAUGUAUUAUUAUUUAUAAACUAUACAUAUAUUCACCUAUAAAUAUAUAUUUACAUAUAUUGUAUUUGAAAAGGACAUAUUAUAUAAAUUUGUAGUUAAAAGUACACAUCAUAACGACAUAGACAUUAUAACAAGUCACAGUCACAGUUUUUUUUAUUUUUGUUUUGUUUGUAUAGAAAAAACAUGCAUAAAUCAUCAUACAAACAUACAAAACGCAUAUGCAAGUAAACACAACCAACAAUAUAUUUAAUUUAAGUAAAUUUAUUUACAAUGACGUUUUGUAUUGCUUAUCAUCACUACUUUAAUAAAUACUUACAAUUAAUUAUACUUAUGCACACACGCAUACGUUAACGUAUUAGAAAGAAGAAGGAAAAAAACGAAAGUGAAAGAAAACAAAAAUCAAAACGAAUGCAUGAGCUUAGCGAAUACUCGUGCCUUCUUUGCGCAUCUCAAUAUUUGUUUUUAUUUUUGUAAAAACUGCAAAUCUCUAAACAGCAAUUUAAUUGUCUUUGUUUCAAUUCGUUUUAUUAUUGUCUACGCUAUGGUUUCGCAAUUAAGGUAUAUCGAAAUUAUUAUUUUUUAUUUGCAAGUGUUGCAAAUCAACCAGCAGUAGCUAUAAUCAAAAGCAGUUAGCAGUUAAUAUAAUACCACAUACUUACAAAUAUGUUUAUUUUGUCAAAAGCAAAUAUUCUAUUUUCCACGCGAAUGUUUUGUAAUUCUAAUUUUAGUAAACUUUAUAUUUAUAUACAUGCAUGUAUGUAUGUUUAUGAAUAAAUUUAUACACAUAUAUAUAAAUAUAUGUUACCAUUUAAGUAAUGUUAGGUUAUAACUAUUAUUAUUACUUUUAUUAUGAAAGUGAAUGCAAAUUGAACGAUUAAAAUAAAUCUAUACAAAUUUAUAUUACAACAAAGAACAAUUGUCCGUUUAUAUGAAUUGUAUGUGUAUUGGAUUGAAUUUACUGUGUUGUUGUGGUUGAACACACCUCCCUCUGUAUACAAAUGUUGGCAUUUAGUAUUAGUAUAUUGUGGAUUGGCAAAAAAAAAAAUAAGCUGUAGGCCGGCUGGCGGCUCGGCUGGUCGACAGCAAGUGAGACAUAUGUGUUGUUGCGAAGUGCAAGUUUAACUCUUGAUUAAAGUAAAAAUAUGAAUAUGUAGUGAAAACGCGGUGAAAAAACUGAAUUUAAUUAUGUGUAAUGAUUGAAUUGAUGAAGAAUAAUUUAUGCAAAUAUUAGUAUAUUUAUGAAGUAAUAUUGCAUGCGAAAUACUUAUAAAUAUGUACGAUGUAGUUCGGUUGAACUAUUUUGCAUUUAGCUGGAAAGCAGUAUGAACGAUAUGUAAAUAAGAAAAAUUGCACUCGAUUGAUUUUUUAUUAACAUUUUUUUUUCAAAACAUUUUUUUAAAUUCGUUUUCAUUUUGUUAACUUUAGUUUGAAUAAUCUGCAGUAAGUUCCAGUUUAUGGUAGUUACAGUAAGAGAAGAGAAUCGUCUCUCUCUGUUUUGAUCGUAUGGGCUUGUAUAGUACAGCUAACUAACUAAAAAUUUAACUAAAUUCCAAUACAACACACUUAAAUAUGUAUCGAUGGCCCAAAAACAGUUUAAUCUACGUUAAACUGUAAAGUCAGAGUGAGAACGACCUUUUGCGCAGGAAAAUCAGCAAGUACCAUUACAAACUACGACACUUUCCACGAUGGUCGGGUCUAUGUAAGCGGAACGGACUCGGAUUUUUAUUCGAAUAAGCGUUGUCAACUUAGCAGUUUUUCUCAAAAUUACCUGGAAAACGUGUUUUAGGAUUACAACAACAAGAAAAUAUAAUCUUUCUCACUAAAGCUGACCUAAAACGUUCUAUAACCAUUAGUGAAAUGGUUUGUAUUGAAUUCGAAAUUGUGAUUUAUGGCAUUCUUGUUACCUAUAUAUUUAUAUAUUUUUGUUCUUGUUAUUGAGGCUACAACCCUUUUUUCGAAAACAAGUCAAAAAAAUUUGCGCUCUUUCUUUGUUUUGUUCCAGAGGAUAAUGAUUGAAAGGUACUUAAGCUUUUAAUAUGUAAAGAGUAGUUCUUUAACUUGCUGUUAUCCCCGCAUGUUGAAUGAGUUUAUGAUUUAUUGGAGACCAAUAUGAUCAACGUGAACAAAACAAAAUCAAUGAAAAUUAACACUUAAGGCAAUGAACAUUUUUUAAUACAAGACUAAGAUUGAUCAUGACGAAGAUUUUACCUACCCAGGCAGUAUAAUAUCAGCGAAAAACAGUGGAGGAAAGGAUAUUUUGGCCGGAAGAAAUUUAGCAAAAUAGGCCCAUAGGUACUUUGAAAAGUUUGAAAUGCAGUUGAUCAUAAAAGCGCUCAGCCAAGUUGAUGCUUAAAAUAUUGGGUGUUUUUAUUGUAAAUAUGUAACCGAAUGUCUAUUCUCGACUAUGCGGAUUUUCGAUAAUCAUAUUUAAGUUUUCUUAUACAAAAUAUUUGCGAUCGUUUAUGAUUUUCUAACCUCAAAAUUUAAAAUAUAAUUUGUGUAUUUAUGUUGGUGCAAUUAUUGUUUAAUAUAGCUUAAACCGGAAUUUAAUUUCCCCCGUUGACUUCUAUGUGCAGUUUUGGAUCGAACAAUUUGUCACUUUUAAGCGUUGAGUAAAGCCUAUAAAUUUGUUACAAAAACAAAGCCAAUUUGAAAACAAAAUGUAUAUCCAAGCAACGAAAUUUUUCACAUCACACAAAUACACACACAUAAAUAUAGUACUCAUUCACACUCACAAUUAUGCAUGCAUACCGUUAUUUGUGUAAGUAAAUAGUUAUAUUAUAUAUAUAUAAACAGAAGUAAACCAAAUAUAUUAUGCAAUUCUGAUAAGCUUACCAGUAAAUAAUUUUUCCCCUAAUUUUUUUAUAUAUAAGUAUAUAGUAUAUAUAGCUAUUUAUGUUAAACAACUUAUUGUUAUUGAGUAUUUAUUUAACUGGUAAGGCAAGUUAAUUCGAAGGUAGAAAAAACCAAGUGGUAGCACUUUCACUGAAAAUAAUGUUGACUACAGGUCUUGUAGGAAUUCGGUUCUAGAUAUUACAGUACUUGAUUUAGAAUGAAAAACUAAAAAUAUGUAUGUAUUCAAAUUUUGAGUUCUAUAUAUACGAAGGACGGUAUUUUAAUUAUGUUUUAUUUUCAAAUUUAUAUUUUUUUAUUAUUUUUCUAAGAACAUUAAUAAUAUUUCAAACAAAAUUUUUUGGUCAAAAUAAAUUUGAAAAUUUCUUACUAACUUUUAUCUUAUCUUAUUUUUUUAAAUCAAAAUUGUGUUCUUCUAGAAGAAAAUUUUUGUCUACACUAUUAUAUCUUCCAUUUUCACAUAAUUCUAUAAUACAAUUAUUUAGAUUAGAAUGUGCUAAACUAUAAAUAACAUUUUAGUAUAAGGUGUUUUCUACCGGCUACAUUAUGGAUAUCUAGUAAUUAUUAUACGUAUAAAGUGUGUGUUUAAAAUUAAUGAAAUAAAUAAAUAUUGUAUGCUUAUUUAACCCGAAUUAAGAAUUGAAGGCUGAUUUUAGAUAAAGAAAAAGAAUUAGUACACGGUAGGUUUUAAUUUGUCACUGGCUUUUCAUGGAUGGGAAGAAUAAUGCUGAGAGAUUUAUGUGAAAAGUGCAAAUGUUAAAGGGUAUUUAAAAAGGAAUAAGGGUAAAGGAUAAAUGAUGUUGGAUCAGCGACACACAUACAUAUACAGCGGUAUAGUAGCGCAGAGUAUACGAAUGUAGUAGAGGCAUUACAAAUAUGCACUUAUAAAGAGUUCUAAAGAGAUUGUUCAACAAUUUGAAGUUGCAAAAAUGUAAACGAUAGCGUAGAAAUGGAAAUACAUUGCAAACAAAUAAUAUUGUAUGUAAAUGUAGAGGCAAUGGGAAAUCAAAACAGUAUUUAAAGUAGUGUAAAAAUGACUAAAAUACUUAUAUAAUUACAAUAAAAACUUAAUUGAAAUGUAUUGAAUAGAAGAGGUACAACAAAAUGAAGCGUUAAAAAAAAUCUUUACUUGGCGAAACAUGAAUUAUGAAACAAUUAAUGAUGGCUGACCAGCAAAGAGAGUGAAAAACAAUAACUGUAGUAUAAGAGUAUAUGUGGAAUAAAAACUUCCUUAAAUAUCAUGAUGUAUGAUUUUGUAAAAUUAAAAAAAAGAUUAAUAAGCAAAGUGUGGAAUAAAGAAUAUAUGACAAAGUUAAGAGUCUUCAAUACAUAUUAUAUAACUGAUUUGUGGUGUAUUACGUUCUUGUAAUCGACAGAUACUAACAUUAACUAUACAUACUUAUUUUGUUUUAUAUUGUACACAGAAUCUUAGAAUAUUUUUACAACUCAAAAGUAUGGUUAGCAAGUAUUCUUUAUAAAAAAUGAAGUCCCUUAAAAAAUUAUAUAAUUGCAUAUUCAAAACACUUUUUUGAAAGGUGAAAAAAUAUUUUAUAUAUAAUUAUUUAAAAAAUAAACUUCGGCUGAAAUAAGUGACUUUAAUUGCUCAAAAUAUCGGCUUAUGGUAUAUGUACAGUAAAGAACUCAGAAAAGAUUAAUAAUUUUAAAAUUCGGCGUACAAUUUAAGUGAUUUUCUGAGAGCUUUCGGGAAAAAAUUGGCUUACUUGUAUAUAAUUCGAAUACUAAAAAUUAUUUAAUAAUGUUAUGUACUCAAAAUAAUAUUUAUUUUAAAUGCUUUUUGCUCCAUACAAUAACUCUUAUUGCAAAGAUGAUUUAAUCAUUUACUUAAAAAAAUUUAUCUUUUAUAUCCAAAUGGUUAACUAAACUUUCAAUAUUACAAAAGUUUUUAUUCGGGAGCUAGAAUAUAGUGGCAGUUACUCUUUUCAGUAUUGGAGACAGAAUAUGUAAUUGGGAUGUGUAUUUCUCAUAAAGAAUUCCCUCUCCUCGUCAGUCAAAGUAGUUCCAAAAAUUUUCCAAAUGAGUGUUUCAAUGCAUAUUAAUUGAGUCAGAUUUUUAUUACUUCAUAAAUUUUACUUAAUAUAUUUAAAUUCAGUUGUAGACAUAAAGUAUAUUUUUUAGCUAUAAAACAGUAUUUAUAAAAUAGCACUGGUUAACAAAAUUUUAACUUUUUUUCACACGAAAAUUCAUAUUAAAUUUUGAAUAUACUAGGCCCACUAAACAAUAAUAUGUGAAUGAACAAAAAAAUUGACAAGUCAGGUUUUCUUGUGACAUCAAGACAGAUAUUUUCUUAAAAAUUACAAACACCAGCUACAUUUAGAGAAAUUAUUGCUUAAUAUAAGUCUUUUUUUCGUUUUUAAGUCUCCAACAUUAAUCUGCCAGUAUUCCUGCGCUCAAUUUCCCUUGAUAGCGCUUUUCCAUUAGGUUAAUGUUCUGAUGGAACCUCCCGCCUGGUUCGUCACUGACAGUACUCAAAUUUGCAAGGAAGAAGUCCAGAUGAGAGUCCAGCAUAUGUAUUUUUAAGGACAUAUUAUAACCCAAAGACUUAUAUGACAUUAUAACUAUAUAUGAUCUUUGGUUUCUUCGGACAACGUUCACAAAACAAUUCCAAGAGAAUUUUUCCUGAUUAUUAAGUUUUUUUCAAAGCUCUUAACCUAAAUCAGUUGUCGUAUUUGUGGACCUACAAAUAUUUCCUCUUUAAUUUUUUCCUCGCUGAGUUUGGGGAACUUCUCUUUCAGAUAUAUAAAUCCACUGCCAUCUCUAGGUAUUGCUUUUACAAUUUUUUUUAGCAGGUCGAGCUUUAUGUGCAAUUGUGGUAAAAGAAUGUCAUCAGGAUUCACUAAAGGAUCACUUUUAACAUUUUUAUAGCCUGGAGUGAGUGAUUUACGCUUGGGCCACACUUUCUUUGUAUAGUUAUUUUCUCUGUCCUUACUGUCCCAUUUAGGGUACAAUAGACCAUAGGUCCCGGUGCAUACCUCAAUCGUUAUCUACUGUCUCAUUUGUAAAUGAAACAAUGCCGUCAAAAAAAAAAACUGGGCGUGAUUGAAACAAAAGUAUUAUAAAUUGUUAAUGAGGGUAUACCAACUUAAACAAAAAUCAUCUCAAAGUUCGUGUGUAAAAAGCAGUGUUUACCAGUGUAAUUGUCCUUGUUUAAAAUUUUAAUUUAGCAGGAUUAUUGGUGGAUUUUUUAUAAAAAUUUUAAGCAUUUAUUUAUGUUAGUUAGCAUCUAAGUACGGGACUGAAAAAAAAAUAUCUCCCAAAAGUCGGAUUUAAAAUGUUGAAUACCAAAUACUGGAUUGAAAGAUAAACAAACAACAAAAUUUAAUGUCAAGCUUAUAAUUAAAAAUAAAAUAAUUUUUUUAGAAAUUAAAUGUUUCGUGUUUGCAUACUUCGUGUUAAAAAGGAAACCUCCUUUUUAAUAAAAUAUCGACAUGUCUAGCUUUUUGUCAUUUUAACGCAUCUCUGAUUAUGCCUUAAUCAGUAUAACUAAUAUCAUUUAUUAAUUCUCAAUUCGAAAACUUUACAACUAUUAUAGACAUUCCAUUUAAAUUGAUCCAUUUAAAUUAAUCAAAUUAAUAAUUUAAUAGCUCACAUCGUCACAUCACAAUAGAACAAACAACUGGUAUAAAUAACAUAGAAUGGUAUAAUUAAAGGGAGCUAGAAUCGCAAACUACUCUUGUACUCUUACUUGGAAAGCUGUGUUGUUGUUUUCAUAAGUCACAUUUUUUAAAAGAGAGCUCAAAUAAAGUGAGCAAAGAAAUGGCGAAUCGAAGAGGGGCAGCUAUAAAAAAAGUUGACAUGGAAAAAGCAUUGUAUAUCAACCCUUAAUAAAUCAUAAACAGAUGACUCUUUGCAUUUUGAAAUAGAUCAGGCUAUAGGCGCGCCUAUAACAAACUGGCUUAUAGUCAAUUUCUAAAGCAGUCUAGUGACUAGACUCUAGUUGAUUAUGUAAUCAAAAAUAAAUUUAUCAAAAUUUCGGCACAUAACGCAUUAUACAUUACCCCUAAAUGAGUUCUAACCAGUUUAUUUGAUACUAUUGAGUGAUAAGUAAUUGAUUUGGUUAAAAUAGAGAGCCCUCAUUAUCUCUUGAUUCUUACUAAAUUAAAUUAUAAUAAAUAAUAAUAAAUUUAAUAAAAAAAUUUAAUUACGACGUCCGUUAAUCUAGAACUUAUAAGGUUUGUUUUUGGAAAAAAUCUUUAAUUAACAGCAAGGCACAUUGAAUUGGGCGUAGCACUAGAAUUGUGAUUUAAUUUUUGUUUUUAAUUUUAUUCGCUUUCUAAAAUGACAAAAUAGUGUAUUCAUUUAGAGACUGUAGACUCCAGAUUUUAGCAGUGGAAUGCAAAAUUAUAUUUGUUUGCAAUUUUCUUUUUAUUUUGCAGCAAUUCAAUGUGCCUUGGCUUGCCAUAAUUUCUACAUAACUUCCACACUCAAGACAUGUUGCCCAAUCAUUUUAAAACGCACAGUAACUCAUAAAAAUAUUCUGCAUACAAACUAACACAAAAUGAAGAACAAUUCAUUAUAGUAUCUAUGUAUGUACGUGUAAAUUGAAAACAAAACAAUAAAUCAUGGACCGACAUCCAAAAAAAAAAUAUAAAAUUUGAAUUAUUGUCAAUAAUUGAGUUCAUUAAUUAGUUGUAAAAAUAUAAAAAAAAAAUUAAAAAAUAACGCUUUGUAUUAAAAACACUUGCCGAAUACAUAGUACACACGCACAUACUAUGUCUAGAUGUAUGUAUAUGCAGUAUGUAAAUGGAAUGCACGUAAUUGUAAACAGAACCAGUUAUAAUUGAAUUGUAUGCUAUAAAUAAAGAUCGUUCUUCUUUUUCUAAAAAAAA